AUGGCCCAGCUGGUCACGUGCACGCUGUAUAACGCUGUAGGCGUUCUUCCGCCGGAUUGUACAGCAGUUACAGCUAGUACGGGCACGGCUGCUAAUCUGAUUGGAGGCACAACAGUUCAUGCAUUUAGUGGAGUUGGAAAUUUACUGUCCGAAGAAGCUGGGGAGCAAAGUGACACAAAACUACAGAAUGCUUGGUUAAUAGCACUCCAGCAGCGAAUUCGUUCAUCUCCAUCUAUCCAAAACCGUUGGCAACGAAUAAGACACCUGAUUAUUGAUGAAAUAAGCAUGCUCAGCUCGGCGGUAUUCAAUCGGUUAAACAUGAUUGCGAAAGAAAGCAUAUUCGGAAAAGAAGCGGCUACUGACGAAACAAAACCGGCUUUCGGAGGCAUUCAGGUCAUAGUAUUCGGGGAUUUUUACCAGCUUCCUCCGGUGACUAGAUCUUCUGGUUUUCGUUUCGCAUUUGAAUCACCGACAUGGAGUCAAUGUCAGUUUGCCUGUGUUGAACUUUUGCACUCCUGGCGCCAAGCCGAUGAUCCGGAUCUUGCUCGCCUACUGUCUGUGGUUCGAGAAGGCUAUUGUCCUGAAUGGGCAAAUAAACUGCUGAGAUCCCGGUUUUUGUCUCAACCAAGCACGGAACAAACCGGAUCGCACAUUAACCCAGAACUGAUCCCCACUCGAUUGUGUACACAUCGUGAUGACGCGGAGGCGUGGAACACAAGAAUGCUGAACGCAUUGAAAGGUUCGCCAAAGGUUUAUAGAGCACGGGAUUCAUCUGGUUCUCACUCUCGGUCUUUGGACUCAAUCUGCCCAGUACCAAAAACUUUAACGUUGAAAGUUGGAGCUCAGGUCGUUCUUAUGCGGAACAUUGACACCGGUAGAGGCCUAGUUAAUGGAGCCCGGGGUGUAGUGGAACGCCUUACUGUGGACGACGGUUUACCACAAGUAAGGUUUUUUGUUCAACGAUCGACGGAACCAGGUGCCAAAUCACGAGGCUUGUUACACACCGUACAGCUGGAGCGAUGGAAUUUACGCGGCGAGAGUGGUCAGGUCGUGGCGUAUCGGCGUCAGUUACCGCUCAAUUUGGCAUGGGCCAUUUCCAUUCACAAAAGUCAAGGCAUCACUCUGGACAAGGCUGAGUUGGCCCUUUCGAAGGUAUUCGAAUGUGGACAGGCUUAUGUUGCACUAAGUCGUUGCCGGAGUUUGAAUGGCUUACGUCUUCUGGACUGGCGCCCUGAAGUGAUUCAAGCUGACCCGAAAGUCAGAGCAUUCUAUGCCAGCCUCAGAAACGAUCCUGGAAUGCUAAAACGAAAGGAUAUACUACAAGAUGAUCGAACAUCUCCGAUGAAAAGAGCGAGAAUUUUUUAA